AUGCCAAAUAAUAAUGCUGGCGCAAACCCGCCUGUUGCGGACAUUGGACAGAGGUUCACUCAGUAUCUCCGAGCAAAAACCCAGACCUCGGAAAAGAAACAAGUCGACCCAGACCUGAGGAAGAAUAUGGUCGAAGUUCCCAGCAAGCCCGACGGAGUCAGCGACGCCACUGGCGAAGUUGACGAGGUCAACAAGUUGGUAAAGCAGCCAGAGACGCGUCCUAUAGGCCAGGAGCAGCUCGUGGCCGAGGUAAAAGGCAUAUACGCAGGUCUCGUUAUGGUCGAGAACAAAUGCAUAGAGGUCGACAAUGCACAGAACUCGCUCAACAACGACUCGGCUUCCCCCCAGCUAAACACGGACCAGUGGCAAGCUCUUAUUGCCUUGCAUCGGACGUUGCUACACGAGCACCACGAUUUUUUCCUCGCCUCACAGCAUCCUUCGGCAAGCCCAGCGCUGCGACGGCUUGCCGCCAAAUAUGCAAUGCCGGCGCGCAUGUGGCGACACGGCAUCCAUAGUUUUUUGGAGCUGCUGAGGCAUCGUUUGCCACAUUCAUUGGAGUAUAUGCUCACCUUCAUCUACUCCUCGUAUUCAAUGAUGGCACUUUUGUAUGAAACCGUGCCAGCUUUUGAAUAUACUUGGAUAGAAUGCUUGGGUGACCUUUCACGGUAUAGAAUGGCUAUCGAAGACGACGACGUUCGCGACAGGGAGGUCUGGACCGCCGUUUCUCGACACUGGUACUCACAAGCUAGCGACAAGGCGCCCACUACCGGACGCCUGUACCACCAUCUAGCAAUCUUAGCGAGACCUAAUGUUGUUGCACAGCUUUUUUACUACGCCAAGAGCUUGUGCGUACCCAUUCCCUUCAACAGCGCCAGGGACUCAAUUCUCACCCUUUUCGAACCCAUUAUGGCUGGCACACACGGUAAGCUGCACGCCGUCGAUCGUGCGUUGGUAAGAUGUCACGGGACUUUCUUUACCGGCAAAAGCACCGAAGACCUCGAAGAGGCGCGCAAUGAAUUUCUUUCCAACCUCGACCUGGCCGUGGCCAAGGGAGCACGCCGCUGGUUGGAGUCGGGAUAUCAAAUCGCCGUAACAAAUCUUUGUGCCCUUUUUGACUAUGGCUUGGCUACCAACGUUCUUAUGAGGGCACUUGAGGCCUCGACAAAAGCGGCUCCCAUGCCCAAAAUAGUAGUCGCGGAUGAGCCGACUUCGGCCGAAUCCCAAACCGCUUCAGGGACGCAGAAAUCUUCUAGCACUGAUAAUGAAUCUGCUCCAGUUACCAGUACGGAAGCUAAAGAGGACGUGGUCGACCUUUCCAAACGCUUUAAAGAAGUUCUCCAGUUUGUGGAAAGCACAGAUACGAUUGUUCUUUCGCGGCUGGGGGAUUUGAACAUACUUUCUUACCUCAACGUUAGGCUCAUGUUUCUGCAUCAGAUGGCUAUUUUGAAGGGGCCUGGUGGUGCCGAGGCCGAAACGCCAGCGAUGUCGCAUCUCGAAACUUUUUUCCCUUGGCAUCUGCUCAGUUUGUGCUUAAACUCUUUUGCAGCGGGCCUUGAAACUCCCGCAAAAUACGAAACGAGCGAGUUCCCUCGCACGGCCGAGAGGAGGCCGCUUCCCGAGGACUGGGCAAUGCGCGGGCUUGUGUGGGCGGAAACGGCCUUCCCGCAGGAUCACUUUAACGUCAAUGAGAAUAUGGAGGAAGACGAGAGGACUUUUGAGACGCCGUCGAUGGGAGAGCAGCGUCGUGAAAGGUGUCUGUGGCUAGCGUACCAAAUCGCCCAGAUUGGGACGUCGGGAGACGGCGACAAGGGCAAGGAGGGCCGUUGGAUCACGUACGAUGCCGACACAAAGAAGUUUCGUCCGGCCGCCAAGUACGUGUCAGAUGUUGAAAUACGUCCUCCUGUCGCCAAGACCACGUUCCUGGACGACGAGGACGUCCUCCCGGAAUCGGAGCUCGCUAGCAUCAGCUCAGGGCCAGAGAGUACACUUGGAGCAUUGUCAGCGCAAGAGCAAAAAAACGAAAAGCCAACCAUCAUUCAGUCUGCCGACAAGGUUCAUAAUAGCAAUAGUUAG